AUGGUUGCUACAAUGUGUCCGGGCAGCAGCCUGGCCCUGGGGCUGGCGCUGGCACUGGGGCUGGCACUAGGGCUGAGGCCGCCCCAGCCCUCGCUGCCGCCGGCGGCACCCUCCCAGAGCCGCUCCGUAAUGCUGGACAAAGCCUCGGGCCAGCUCAAGGUGGUGGAGGGCGCCCAGGCCGGGGCCGUCGCCUGGGCCAACCUCACCAACGACAUCGGAAAGACCGGGUGGGCCUUCUUGAACUUGAAUACCAACGGGCAGUACAGCGAUGCCCUGCAGGCUUACGCGGCCGGGGUGGUGGAGGCAGCCGUGUCUGCCGAGCUCAUUUACAUGCACUGGAUGAACACGGUGGUGGACUACUGCGGCCCCUUCAAGUACGAGACCGUCUACUGCGAGAAGCUCAAGCGCUACAUCGAGACGAACCUGGCGUGGAUGCAGAAGCAGAUGGCGUCGGGCCAGGACGCCGAGUACUGGCACCAGGUGGAGCUCGCCCUCCUGCAGCUGAAGGGGCUGGAGGACAGCUACCAGGGCCGCAUAGCUUUCCCAUCCAAGAACUUCACCGUCACCCCCUUCGGGUUCCUCUUGUUCCAGCUGUCCGGGGACUUGGAGGACCUGGAGCCGGCCCUGAACAAGACGGCCCACAGGCGAGUGAUGGGCUCGGGCUCCUGCUCGGCCCUCAUCAAGCUGCUGCCCGACAGGAGGGAGCUGCUGGUGUCCCACGACACCUGGAGUUCCUACCAGCACAUGCUGCGCAUCAUCAAGAAGUACAAGUUCCACUUCCGGAUGCUGCCCCAAGGGGGGUCGCCGCCGAUUCCGGGGAACGAGCAGGUCUUCUCUUCGUACCCCGGGACCAUCUUCUCCUGCGACGACUUCUACGUCUUGGGCAGCCGCUUGGUGACCCUGGAGACCACCAUCGGCAACUACAACGCGGAGCUCUGGAAGUACGUGAAGCCCCAGAACAGCGUCCUCGAGUGGCUGCGCAACCUCGUGGCCAACCGGCUGGCGCGGGACGGGGCGGCGUGGGCCGACAUCUUUAAGAAGUUCAACAGCGGCACGUACAACAACCAGUGGAUGAUCGUGGACUACAAGGCGUUCACUCCUGGCAAGGCCCAGCCCGGGAAGGGCCUCCUCACCGUCCUCGAGCAGAUCCCGGGCCUGGUGGUCGUGGCCGACAAGAGCGAAGAGCUGUACGAGAAGGGCUACUGGGCCAGCUACAACCUCCCGUAUUUUGAGGCGGUGUUCAAUGCCAGUGGGAUGCCUGACCUGGUGAAGAAGUUUGGGGACUGGUUCUCCUACACGAAGAGCCCCCGAGCCCGGAUCUUUGAGCGCAACCAGUCACUGGUGCAUGACAUGGACUCCAUGAUCCGCCUUAUGAGGUUCAACAACUUCCCCUACGACCCCCUGUCCCGCUGUGAGAACUGCACCCCACUGCAGAAUGGAGAGAACGCCAUCUCUGCCCGCUCGGAUCUCAACCCAGCUAACGGGACGUACCCCUUUUCUGCGCUCUCCCAGAGAUCCCACGGAGGCAUCGACAUGAAGGUCACUUCUUAUGGGCUGUCCAAAGACUUCCACCUAAUUGCCGUCAGUGGCCCCACGUGGGACGAGCUGCCCCCCUUCCAGUGGAGCUCAUCACCCUUCGACAAGCUGUUGCACAUGGGCCAUCCAGACCUCUGGAAGUUCUCCCCCAUCAAGGUCUGGUGGGAGUGAAGCCGGGGACCGACUCCUCCUUCCACCGUCCCACCCUCGACCCAGUGCCCUUAGGAACUCGGCUCUUCCUCUCCCCCCACCCGUCCUGGCUGACUUCUUGUCUGUCUGGCCCUGGAAGCCCAAGGGAUCUGCCUGCCAGGCCUGGAGGGCUGAGCUCCCUCCGCUUUCUGCUGCUUCACUGGCUCUCGAGCCAUCUGCCUUGUCCAAAGAGGUCCUGGUGGCCUUGGGGGCCGCUUCCACAGCCCCCCUCCCCGCUCUCGGUGAGCCCUGGGCUCCAGCCUCUGAACCCACUUCUCCCAAGCCAGCUUGGCUUUCCUGGAGAAAGAAGGGAGGGGAGGGGGCUCCCGGGCGUCACUCUGUGGCUGAAACCCGCAAGGAUCUGCCGGACUCUGAGGAGCCCACCACUGCCUCCCCCAGACCCGUCUCAGCGAGGAAGCCGGCUCCUCCCUCCUGCACCUUUCUAGGCACCCUCCCACUUUUGGCUCUGCUUACUGAGACCCUUCUAUGUCCAUACUGUCAGCCUCCUCUACUGGGUUGUCCUUCAGGAACAAAUUGGGAAAAAAUCCUAGUUAUCCCCUAACCGCACCAGACCUUCCCCUGAAACCCUGAACGUGGAGCUUUGGGGGCUUUGGGUUUCCUGGGGCUCCCAGGUUGGGGCUGCCCCCCUUUCCUCUGCUUGCUGGGGGUGACUGCUUGGGCUUGUGGGCUCUGCCUCCAAUGCCUGAUGCUGUCCUAACGGGAUCUCUGGACAGGAAAGCCGGGCCCUCGGGGAUCUGGGGGGGGAGGCUCAUGGCUCAGGGGCCCCUCGGUGACAUCUGCCUCCCCCUUCAUCCCUCCCCCCUCGUCCUAGCACCCAGCCCUCAUGGCUCAGGGGCCCCUCCUCCUAGCGCCAUCUCUCGCUGGCCGGGGCCUCUUGGGGGUAGGGGUGGGAAGGCUUGUCCGUACUUCCUGCCCCGGAAGCCUUGCAGAGGGAUGGGCAGGGAAGUCAGCUACCUCCGUGGAGAUGGCAGAGGUCCUGGGACCCAGGCUGCGGUCCUCCCCCUGCCCCUUGUCUGCCUUCCCUUCCCAGGGCUGGGCUCUGCCACACUCAGACGCCCCCCAUCCUCAGCCUGCAGGGGCCGGGCCACAAAUGGAAUUAAAAGCCGGAGACUUGAUCCCCUCCAACCCUGCUCUGCUUUUUGGAGGGGGUCGGGCUUUUGUUGGCUAGGAAGGGGCUGGGGCUCCUGGAGAAGCAGACCUGCAGCUAGGCAAGGCUGACUGGGGCCUUGGCCGCACCUUUCCAUUUGUGACAUCGGGCUCGUCGCCUCAUUUUCUUGGGCCUCACUUUCCUCAUCUGAAAAACAGGCCGUUGGACCGGCUGGCUUUUUGCUGCCCCUUCCCGCGCUCUGACAGCUAGCCGUGGGCAGUGAGGACAGAGCGAGCGCCGCAGCAGUUUGCUAUGAAUUGGGGAGGUUCUGAGAAGAGAAGGCAGAGAGGGACCCCCGCCGGCUUCAGGCUGAAAAUCGGAAUUGUAAGCCUCUAGAGGACAGGUGCUAAUUCCCGUUUGUCCUUGUAUCCCGAUGCCUAGAACAACAAAGGAACGAAUAAACGAGGAUGUAUUUCUUAAA